AUGGCAGCUAAUGGGACUAUUGUCAAUGGCGGCGCCGAAAACACCAUUAAUGACCCUGGUCGUGGCUUCCUAGGAAAUCUCACACCUUCCGUUAUUCCACAUUAUGCCUACAGGGGCAGGGAGCAGUUCCUCUGUGACUACAAUGCCUUCAGUGAACAGUUCAACAAUCCGCCCAACUGCGCUGACCAGUGGUUUAUUGUGACUGGAGUUAAUAAACGCAUUUUUGACAGCAACUUCCGCGACCCCGAAACGGGCCCUUUCUCCAACUGGUGCUCGUAUGACACAGCCCUCGAACUGCUGCUUGUCAGAAUGCCCAGAUCAACAACCCAUUCCAUCGCUUCCCGCACCUUCCACCAGGUACUGCUGGAGGCUCUAGAGCCGCUCAGAAUGGGCCGUGCACUGACAUGCAUUGGGGGUGGUUCCCAUUUCGGAGACAUGGGCGGCAAAGGGCCGGACGACGCAUGGAGGCCAAUACAACUGCCCCCAGGCCGGUCUCGAGCCUGGCCUGCCGUUGUUCUGGAAGUCGCACUGUCGGAAAUACAGGCCAAGCUUUGCUCGGACGUUCGGUAUUGGUUAAGAGCCUCUGGGGGAGACGUCAAGAGUGUUAUAACCCUCUCAUCGGCCGCGAUGCACGCAAGAUAG